CAAAUUGACCACCAAAGAAAAGCAACAUUCACUGUUACCAAUUCAACCAUCAAAGAUUUAAUCUUCUCAGGGGACGUGUGGUGUCGUUAUAGAGAAUCUAGUAAGAGCAAUCAAUCAUGAGUGCUUUCGAAGCUAGAGAAGAGAAAGAUGGUGUUAGACUUUCUUGGAACGUGUUACCACGAUCCAAAUUCCAACAUCAACGAAAUGUCAUUCCAUUUGGAUCCAUGUAUACUCCAUUGAAUAAUAAAUCAGAAUCUCAAUUACUCGCUCCCAAUAGUUACAUUACUUGUCGUCAAUGUUACUCCGUAUUGAAUCCAUAUGCAUUCAUCAACAAUAAUCUUUGGACAUGUCAAUUUUGUUCAUUUACAAAUCAAUUCCCACCUAAUAUUCCUCCUGCAGCAUAUAUGCCAGUAUUAGAUCAAUCAGCCAGUACAAUUGAAUAUUUAACCGGUAAAACGAGUCAAUUACCUCCUAUUUUCUUCUUUGUGGUGGAUACAUGUUUUGAAGAUGAAGAUGUUUCCGAUGCAUUUGCAUCACUUAAAGAAUCCUUAAUUAUAUCAUUAAGUCUUUUACCUGAGAAUGCAUUAGUAGGAUUCAUAUCAUUUGGUAAACAUGUUCAAAUCCAUGAUUUAACAUCCAAUGAUAUUAAAUCAUUCACUUUCAAUGGGAAUAAAGAAUAUACAUUAGAUCAAAUUUCAAAAUCAUUAGGAUUAUUAGCCCAAGGAUUAUCAUCGAAUCAUAAUGAUAAUAAUGGGUAUUCCAAUCUUGAUCGUGUGAUUGGUCCUAUUGGGAGAAGAUUCUUACAACCAGUAAGUUUGGUAGAGUAUCAAUUAACUAAUAUCAUUGAAAAUUUAAUUCCAAAUUCAUUUCCUCAUUCGAAAUCAAAACAAAGAUUGGAUAGAGCAACUGGGAGUGCGAUUAAUAUUGCUUCAUUAUUAUUGAAAUCAAUCUUAGGAGAUCAUAUUACUACUACUCGAGGUCAUAUUCUUUGUUUCAUAGGAGGAAUGGCUACGUUUGGACCCGGUAAGAUUGUCAGUAAUUUAUUAAAAGAACCAUUAAGAUCUCAUCAUGAUAUAGAAAAAUAUGAACAUUCAACUUUACCUCAAGGUCCAACUACAUCCACUAAAACUAAAUCUGAUACUUCAUUAUUUACCAAAGCAAAGAAAUUUUAUCAUGAAAUUACAAAAACUUUAAUUUCAUUAGGAUUAAGUUGUAAUUUUUUCAUUGGAAGUUAUAAUCAAGUGGGAUUAUUUGAAAUGGAUGAAAUAUGUUAUAAAACAGGAGGAACAGUGGUAAUGAGUGAUUCAUUUAAUACUGCUAUUUUCAAACAAAGUUUUAUUAAAUUCUUUAAAAAGAAAAAUGAAGAAGAUGCAGAUACAUUAGAUAUGGGAUUCAAUGCUACUUUAGAAGUUAAAGCAUGUCCUGAUUUAAAAAUCCAAGGUUUAAUCGGGAAUGGUACUGCUAUACCAUGUAUAAGAGCAUCGGAUGAAAAAUAUCUUUCUACUUAUAUCAUGGGUGAAAGUGGAUCAAAUUGUUGGAAAUUAUGUAAUGUGAAUCCUCAAUCUACUUAUGCUAUAUAUUUUGAUAAAGUGAAUUCAAAUGUAAUGGGAUUCACUUAUAUUCAAUUUCUUUUCCAUUAUCAACAUCCAUCAGGAGAAAUGAGAUUAAGAGUUACAACCAUACCGGUUAAUGUGGUAUCGGAUACAGAUAUGGCAACUUUAGAAUUAGGAUUUGAUCAAGAAGCUGCUGUUGUAUUACUUGCCAGAGAUGCGAUUAAUAAAUUACAACCAGGGAAUUUCAAUACGGCGGCUGAUUCUAAAAAAACCACAACAUCUCAAAAAUCAACCACUAUAAUUAAGAAUUUAGAUCAAAUGUUGAUUAAUUUCUGUACUAGAUUUGCAGUGUAUACUGCCGGAAUAUUUGAUUCAUUUCAAAUCGCAGCAAAUUAUUCCUUGUUACCUCAAUUCAUGUUUAAUUUAAGAAGAUCCCAAUUCAUAAAUGUAUUUGGUAAUUCACCUGAUGAAACUUCAUAUAUAAGACAUGUGUUCAUGCAUGAAGAUGUCAAUAAUGCAUUAUUAAUGAUCCAACCAUUAUUAUUAAGUUAUGAUAUUGAUCAAACUUUUGAAGAUGAAGAAACGGGUGAAACUCAUUAUGAAGCUGCUCCAGCCUUAUUAGAUUCAGCUUCAUUAGGUCAUGGAAAAAUGUUAUUAUUAGAUACAUUUUUUCAUAUAUUAAUUCAUCAUGGUUCAACCGUAGCUGAAUGGAGAAAAGCAGGAUAUCAAGAUUUACCGGAAUAUGAACAUAUCAAAUCAUUUUUAGAUGCUCCAAAACAAGAAGCUAUGCAAAUUCUUAUGGAAAGAUUCCCAUUACCAAGAUUUAUUGAUUGUGAUGAAGGUGGAUCUCAAGCUAGAUUUUUAAUGGCAAAAUUAAAUCCUUCAACAAGUUAUGCUACAAAUCCAAAUCAUUUAACUGGUAUUGGAUCAAGAUAUGAUGUAUUUACCGAUGAUACAAGUUAUCAAGUGUUUAUGAAUCAUAUUCAAAAGAAUGUAACCUCUCAAAAGUAGAUUAAUUAAUAAAUAAUAUAUAUAUAUAUAAUCUAAGUAGUGUCAACUGCUUUCUUCUUUGCAUAUUUAAUAGCCCGAUUUAAGAAUGUAUGAUCAUUCUCAUUACUAUCUUCCAUCUCAAUAUCACCUGUAGUUUCAUCAGCAUCAUCUUCAGUUUUAAUUUUAUUUGAAUCCUUGGCAAUAAUUUUAACAUUUUCACUAAUAGUUAAAUGUUCAUGAACUUUACCAAUUAAUUCACCAUAAUCAUCAAAUAUUAAAUCAGUACCAAUUAAUUUCUUCCAAUUGGUUUCAUAUAUUUUCCCAUCUAUAAUAUUAAU